AUGACUGAUACUGCAGCCGAGUUCUCAGAGGAGAUAGUAUUCCCGUAUGAGGGAUUUGAUCCAAGUACCAAGGUUGUAGCCAAAAAUAAAGGGGAAUUGAGUGACAUUGAUGAGUUGACAAACGAAGUAUUGGUGCCAUCCAAUCAGUUAUCAUGGGAUCUACUUGACCUUGUUCAAUCGCUUCCAGAAACUAAUUAUGAUAAGUUUUAUGGCUCCUUGUUACAAACUCCAGAAACCAUCAGCAGAACCUCAUACAGAUUUAAUCGUGUUGGUAUUGAAGGGAAGAUCAAUAGUUAUAAGGAAGACUUUCGACUCGCAAGCAUAGCUGAUGCUUCAACAUCAACGUCAAUAAAUCGGAGAUAUGGGCCUAGGGCAGAUGCUCUUAAGGGGAAGUCUACGUUUCUUCCAUUUAAACCAGGAGGUAUAUCUCUGAUAACCAGUUUACCUAAAGAGGAAACAUUAAUUCUAAACAGAAAUGAAUAUGGAUUGUAUGAUACGCCUCCAGGAUUGUCCCGAGGUCUUUCUAUCCAAACGAAAGUCGAAGAGAUGAAUGAUGUGACUGCUUUGGAGAAGCUUGUUUCUAACGAUUCACCAUAUGAUGAUGAUGAUGAUAAUAAUAAUGAAAUCAAGGAGACCAACGUUGAAGUUGAGGGUGAAAUAGAAGGUUCUGAAUUACCAUUUGAUGCUGAAGAUUUAAAUGAUAUUGUUUCAAUGGAUUUCCAGAAUAUGAAAGCCGCUUUAACUAAAAGUGCACAACAUAAAACUGUUUGGGCUCAUGUUGUUGAUUUGAAUCAUCAAUUGGAAAACUUUAAUGAAGUGGUUCCAAACAUGGCCAGAACAUGGCCAUUUGAACUUGACAAUUUUCAAAAGGAAGCUAUAUAUCAUCUUGAACAAGGUGAUUCUGUUUUCGUUGCUGCCCAUACUUCAGCAGGUAAAACAGUAGUGGCAGAAUAUGCUAUUGCCAUGGCCGCCAGAAACAUGACCAAAUGUAUUUAUACAUCACCUAUAAAAGCCUUAUCUAACCAAAAGUUUAGAGAUUUUAAAGAAACAUUCAAAGAAGUUGAUGUUGGUCUUAUAACUGGUGAUGUUCAGAUAAAUUCUGAAGCUAAUUGUUUAAUCAUGACUACAGAAAUUUUACGUUCAAUGCUUUAUCGUGGUGCCGAUCUUAUUAGAGAUGUGGAGUUUGUUAUUUUUGAUGAAGUCCAUUAUGUGAAUGAUAUCGACCGUGGUGUUGUAUGGGAAGAAGUUAUCAUUAUGCUACCUGAUCAUGUGAAAUUCAUUUUACUUUCAGCUACCGUUCCCAAUACAUUUGAAUUUGCAAAUUGGGUUGGACGUACUAAGAAAAAAGAUAUGUAUGUGAUUUCUACACCAAAAAGACCAGUACCUUUAGAGAUUUUUAUUUGGGCAAAGAAAGAUCUAUACAAAGCCAUCGAUGCUAAACGUCAAUUUUCAGAGUCAGAGUUUAAAAAACAUAAAGAUGUUUACGAAACCCAAAAGAAAGCUACUCCUCAAGUUCACAUGGGUAGUGGAAGUAGAGGAGGCCCUGGGGGGUCUGCUCGUGGUGGGAAUAGAGCGGGUGCGCGUGGUGGAAGAGGUGAUAGUGGAGCUGGAUCUCGAGGUGGUCGUGGAGGUGGUAGUGGUAGUAGUAAUAGAGGAAAUAUGCUGAACAAACCUGGUGGGUGGAUGGUACGAGAUGCUCCAAAUAAAAACACUUGGAAUGAAUUGAUUCAAUACUUGAAAAAGAAAGAACUAUUACCGGCAGUGAUAUUCGUCUUCUCAAAGAAAAGAUGUGAAGAAUAUGCCAAUACGUUGGGUGGAUUAGAUCUUUGUACUGCAAGAGAGAAAUCAGAAAUUCACAUGUUCAUGAACAAGGCUGUUUCAAGAUUAAAGAAGGAAGAUAGAGAACUUCCUCAGAUUCUUAAAAUUAGAGAAAUGCUUAGCAGAGGUAUUGCAGUUCAUCAUGGUGGAUUAUUGCCUAUUGUUAAAGAAUGUAUUGAAAUCAUGUUUUCCAGGAAUCUUGUUAAAGUAUUAUUUGCUACAGAAACUUUUGCCAUGGGAUUAAAUCUCCCUACAAGAACAGUAGUCUUCAAUGAAUUACGAAAGCAUGAUGGUCGUGGGUUCCGAAACCUUUUACCGGGUGAAUUUACUCAAAUGUCUGGUAGAGCUGGUAGAAGAGGGUUGGAUUCAACAGGUACGGUCAUCGUAAUGUCUUACAAUAAACCUCUAUCCAUUUCUGAUUUCAAAGAGGUAACUUUAGGUACACCAACCAAGCUUCUGUCACAGUUCAGAUUAACAUACAAUAUGAUUUUGAACCUUUUAAGAAUCGAAGCUUUAAGAGUGGAAGAAAUGAUCAAGCAUUCAUUUAGUGAAAAUAGUACUCAAACAUUACUCCCAGAACAUCAACUGAAAAUCAAGGAUCUUGAUAGUCAAUUGAAGUUGACUGAAAUAGAGGAUUGUUCCAUUUGUGGGUUAAUAAAUGUUGAUGAUGCCCAUAACUUAGUCCAUGAAUAUGAAAGGACAUAUUCCACUUUAAUGGACCUUAUGAUGGACCUUCAUGUGAUUAGAUACUCGACUAUGAUUCCUGGUAGACUCUUGUGUUAUAGAGAUGAAUAUGGUUGUGCCAGAGUUGGAUUUCACAUUAAACUGCAAGUCAGAGCAAAGAAGUUGCAUGUUUUAACGUUUUCUCAUGGUUCAAAGUUUGAAGAGUCAAGUUCGAAGUUUAAACUACCAUAUAUCCCACUGAAGCCUAUAUUAAGAUAUUUUAGUGACAUAUCCUUUGAAGGUAAACUUAAAGUUGAUACCAUUGAGUGUACACAAGUGACAUUCUUAGGAAGAUACAGCUUGAAAGCAGAUUUAACCAAAGUGCUUCGUAACGAUGCUGAGGAAGUUAGUAAAACUAAUGAACAAAUCAAACUUUUAUUGAAGUUUGUCAAAAAAUGGGAAGAAUUAAAACUUUCAAAGGCUAAGUUGGCAUUACAUGAUGAAAUAGUAAAGAAGGAUGACAUUCUUUCCAAACUCAAUGAACUUGAUAUUUGUCCACGUUUUAAUGAGCAUUAUUCCAUUCUCCACACUAGAACACUGAUAAAUGAUGAGAUCCAAAUGUUACUGAGAUUGGUUUCAGAUGACAAUCUUGAAUUGUUACCUGAUUACGAGCAACGUCUUGCUGUUUUACAAAGCCUUGAGUUUAUUGACGCAAAGCAUAACGUUUUGUUAAAGGGAAGAGUUGCAUGUGAAAUCAAUAGUGGUUGGGAAUUAAUUAUGACUGAACUCGUGUUAGAUAACUUUUUAGGAGACUUUGAACCUGAAGAAAUCGUUGCACUUCUUUCAUGUUUUGUUUAUGAGGGUCGUACAAACGACGAAGAAGAUAUUCCCAUGACCCCUCGAUUGGAGAAAGGGAAGAAACGAAUUCUUGAAAUCACAGAGAAGAUUCUUAAAGAGUAUUCAGCAAAGAGAGUCAUUCUUACUUCUGAAGAAGAAGAUUUCAUGCAAAGAAAACGGUUUGCAUUAGUUAACGUUGUCUAUGAAUGGGCUAGAGGAUUAACUUUUAAUGAAAUCAUGGAAAGAAGUCUUGAAGCAGAAGGAACCAUUGUUAGAGUUAUCACUCGACUUGAUGAAAUAUGUCGUGAGGUUAAAAAUGCUGCAUUAAUUGUUGGUGAUUCUACGUUGCAUGCAAAGAUGUCUGAAGCUCAAGAACGUAUAAAGAGAGAUAUUGUAUUCUGUGCAUCACUUUAUUUAUGA